CUUUAGCCAGUGGUAAAAUCGUAAUAAAACUAUGAAAUGCAACAUUUGACAGUUUACAGUUUACAUGUCUAAAUUUCCCCGGUCCAACUUCCUCGCCUUCCCAAUAUACACACGCACACAGAAUUCACAUAUAAUUUCUUUUCUUUCUCUCUCACUUUCCCGAUCAGUCUUUUCCGGUGAUCAGCCUACUUUACGUUCAUUCUAUCAGUUACGGCAAUCGUCCGAGCGAGAAGAAUGACGUCAGGUACGAGAAUGCCGACAUGGAAGGAGAGGGAGAACAAUAAACGGAGAGAGAGGAGGAGGAGAGCGAUUGCCGCGAAGAUAUUCUCCGGACUGAGGAUGUACGGGAAUUACAAGCUGCCGAAGCAUUGUGAUAACAACGAAGUCCUCAAAGCCCUCGCCGGCGAAGCUGGUUGGACCGUCGAACCCGACGGCACCACCUAUCGUAAGGGAUGCAAGCCUUUAGAGCGAAUAAACAUUAGUGGAUCGACGUCAGCAAGCCCAUGCUCAUCAUACCAACCAAGCCCAUACACUUCAUAUCACCCGAGCCCAAUUGCAAGCCCAUCUCAUAACCCUCACCCCGAUUCCCUCAUUCCAUGGCUCAAGAAUCUAUCCUCCUCAUCGAACUCUACAAAGCUUCCGAAUCUUUACAUCCAAACAGGGUCCAUUAGUGCACCCGUGACCCCACCCAUUAGCUCCCCAACUGCCCGAAUCAAAACCGACAUUACAUGGGGCAUGGGUCCCACGUCUCCAACUUUUAACCUUGUAGCUUCGAACUCGUUUGGGUUCAAGGAAGGAGUUAUAUCUCAUGGUGGAUCGCGGAUGUGGACACCUGGACAAAGUGGGAUGUGUUCGCCUGUAAUUCCUUAUGGAUUUGACAACAAUGGUGAUAUUCCAAUGGCGGAAUUGGUUUCGGAUGAAUUUGCGUUUGGUUGUAAUGUGGGAAAGAAAGUGAAGCCAUGGGAAGGAGAGAGGAUUCAUGAGGUGUGUGGGUCUGAUGAUCUUGAGCUUACUCUUGGGAUAUCAAAAAUGAGAUAAAUUGGAAUUUGGAGAAGAAAGGAAAUCGUUGUGAUGAGGAAAAUUGAGAAUGGAUGGAUGGUUUGAUGCAAAUUUGUGAAAUUGGUCCAAUAUUUAUAAGUUUUCCUUGUUAAAAGUAUGUUGCCCAAAUCUCUACUGAAAUCCAUGCGGUUUUUAUGUAUCUUCUACUUGUGAAUGAGAGUCUGAUUUUAAUAUGAAACAACGUGUAAAAUGAGCAAGUUACAUUUUUGGUCCC